AUGGCCGCGCCCGUGGUGGUCCCGCUAAAGCUCCAGUCUGAGGAAUCGCUGACCCUGGAGGAUGUGGCUGUGGAGUUCACCUGGGAGGAGUGGCAGCUCCUGGGCCCUGCGCAGAAGGACCUGUACUGGGACGUGAUGCUGGAGAACUAUAACCAUUUGGUGUCACUGGGGUAUCAAGCUAGCAAGCCAGAUGCACUGUCCAAGUUGGCACAAGGAGAAGAACCAUGUGUAAUAGAAGGUAAAAUCCAGAAUAGAAAUUGUCCAGGAAUCAGAAAAGCUGACAGUUAUCUGCAAGUACACUUUCCAUACCAAAGAUUUCUGCGGAGCAUGCGACAAUGCAGUGAAGAGAACGUGUUUAGAAAUAUUGUUCAUCUGAGCAAAACACAUUUGCCCCUAGUGCAAAAUCGUGAUAUGUUUGACUUAUGUAGACAAACUUUGAAAUCAUGUUUAAGUUUAGUCAACCAGAAGAGAAGAUAUGAAACAAAUAACUCUGUUGAGUUUAGUGGAGGUGAGAAAACCUUUCUACAUGGUAAACAGGAACAUAUGUAUACUAAUAUUCAAUUCCCUGAAAGUAAAAAGUCUAUCGAUGCUAAAUUCCAAGUCUUUAAGCAUCAGAGGACUCAGAAAAUUGAGAAACUCCAUGCAUCCAUUGAGUUUGAGCAGACCCUCCUCAGGAAGUCUCAGUUGGUUUGCCAAGAGAGCAUUCAUGCAGGAGAGGAUUCUAGAAGUGGUCAGUGUGAGAAAUCAUCUAGAAGUGUCAUGGUCACUAAGCAUCUGAAAGCUCAUACAAGAGACAAAGCCUUUAUACCUAAUGAAUACAGAAAAGGCUCUACUGUGAAGAGCAGUCUCAUCGCACAUCAGCAAACCCAGACAGAAGAGAAAUCCUAUGUAUGCAGUCAGUGUGGAAAGGGCUUUACGAUGAAGCGCUAUCUAAUUGCUCAUCAGCGAACUCAUAGUGGAGAGAAACCUUACGUAUGUAAUGAAUGUGGAAAAGGCUUCACUGUGAAGAGCAAUCUCAUUGUACAUCAGCGAACUCAUACAGGGGAGAAACCUUAUAUUUGCAGUGAAUGUGGAAAAGACUUCACCAUGAAGCGCUAUCUUGUUGUUCAUCAGCGAACUCAUACGGGAGAGAAGCCCUAUGUAUGCAGUGAAUGUGGGAAAGGCUUUACGGUGAAGAGCAAUCUCAUUGUACAUCAGCGAUCUCAUACAGGGGAAAAGUCUUAUAUAUGCAGUGAAUGCGGAAAAGGCUUCACUGUGAAGCGCACUCUUGUCAUACAUCAGCGAACUCAUACAGGAGAGAAAUCUUAUAUAUGCAAUGAAUGUGGAAAAAGCUUCACCACAAAGCGCACCCUCAUUAUACAUCAGCGAACUCAUACAGGAGAAAAACCCUAUGAAUGCAAUGAGUGUGGUAAAGCCUUCAGCCAGAAAAUAUGCCUCAUACAACAUGAGCGAUGUCACACAGGAAAGACUCCCUUUGUGUGUACUGAGUGUGGAAAAUCCUAUUCACACAAAUACGGUCUCAUUACCCAUCAGAGAAUUCACACGGGAGAGAAGCCUUACGAGUGCAAUGCAUGUGGGAAAGCCUUCACCACAAAGUCGGUACUCAAUGUGCAUCAAAGAACUCAUACGGGAGAGAGACCAUAUGGAUGCAGCAGUUGUGAGAAAGCCUUUUCCCACUUAUCAAACCUUGUUAAACAUAAGAAAAAGCACGUAAGAGAAAUGGGCAGAAUCAGUGAAGUUGAAAAUUCCUCUAACAGAGAGUCACAGCUUAUUACUUAAAAAUGAACUUACGCAAAACAAAAAGCUUAUGAAUGCAAUGGCUGUGGAAAUGCCUUUUGUGGCACCUCAGACUUUCUCAAACGGGUUUGUUUCUAGCAGAUUGGGAUGUAAUCAUUGUGCUGCCUGCUGUCAGAUGUGUGCCCUCAGGAGACGAAAGAAUUCGCCCAGAUGAUAAACUUGGUGAAUAC